AUGAUUGCCGACCAUUCUCCAACAACUCCUUCAACACCAUCUUCAUCCAAUCCACAAGAACCCAAUUCUUCUUCGUCAACAGUUGGAACCAACACAACGACCCCUCACACCAUUCCUCCCAACGAUCAUUCCUCAUCGAUGGAACUCGGAACUAAAGCACUCACUCCCAACACCAAACAGCAUCAUCAUCGAAUAUUACUUUCAUUUCCUCCAUCAAAGACAUCUUCAGCAAAUACCACACCCAAUGCUUCACCAAAUUCAACAACACCCAACUCGUCGUCACUAACACCAUUUUCCUUCUUUAAACGAUUAUUAACAAAAUCCAACAAGACAUCGAGCAAUUUGCCAUUAGUAGUAGUAGGAAAUAAUCAUCAAACACCUUCAACAACAACAACAGCACUGAAAGACAAUGAUCGACCUUUGAAUGGAUCCAAAUCGGAAGAUCUUUCUUUCACUCAUCCAGGUGCAUCCAAUCAUGAUUUUCCAACGAGUUUACCUUCCACGAAAGAACAAGAAAGGAAUUAUGAAAAUAUUGUGCAACAUUUAAAUGGAGGAAAUGUUGGACACAUGUUGACUCGUGUGAAUAUUGAUGCAUUUGUAUCAUCACAACAACCAUUAUUGGAUCAAAAUAAUCAUCAAGGAAUGGCAUUAACAACACCUCUGAUUGAAGUGACACCAAUUAUUGGUCAACAACAACAACCAUCCAAUGCUCAAAAUAAUGACACGACGACACUAUUGCAACAACCAUUGAAUGGUAUUGUUGUCACAAAUGAAAAUAGUAUUCCCAUUUUGGGUGAUCCAAGUGAAUUAUCUUCUCAAUUUCAUGAAACUCCAAAUUCAACAAAUUUCAAAGUGCUUUCAGCCAAUAUCUUUGAUCAAGAAAUGACAAACGAUGGAAUUAAUAAUCAUUCAAGUAGCAACAAGAACCCAAAGAAGGACACCAAUUCGAAACGAAAGAAAGGCAGUCCAACAUCCUCAACGGUCACUUUUCAACCCAUCCCUUCCACUUGUUCGGUCAGGAAGUCCUCUACUUCUACGUCACAUCAGCGCCAUCGUAACAAUAAUGGUUCUCCAUUAUUUCGAACGAAUCGACCCACUGCUCCAAAAACUUACCUUAAAAAGCUCACUUUUAUGGAAAGUUUAUCCACUUCUGCCGACCCUUCCACCUCUGCUUCGACUCACUCGUCCUCUUCUUCGAAAAAACACUCAGGAAAUACUGAUAUUGUGGAAAAUGAUUUACUUUUCAAUGAUUUACAAGUUUUCCAAAAUCAAGUUGUGAAGAGAUAUAUCAAAAUUUUAGAACAACCCAUGGUGUGUAAAGCAUUCAAUUAUGAAGUAUUGGGUCCUCAGAAUUUUCUAUUGAAUCCAUAUAUGGGAGUAUCUUCUGUAACAUCUACUGAGAAUACGAGGAAAUUGCAUGGCAAUGAAACAACGAGUCAUUCAAAUACUACUUCCAACGACAGUAAUGCCAUUUCUUCUCCAAAAAAGAACAAUUCUCAAUCAUCGUCACCAUCCUUAAAUCCCUAUCUUUUUGAUGACAAAUUUAUUCAAGAAUAUCAUUGGAGACGAAGAAGAUCAACACAAGACAUGAACAAACACACGUCAAACAUUCCCAAUGUGCCAACCAUUGAUAUUGUGUGUGAAGAUGGAGCGACUCUCUCGUGUUAUUUUGAAUUCAUUGGACAUCAGAAUUUUGAACAACAUCAUCCUACGAGUCAUCAUCAUCAUUAUAAUGGAACAUCUACCAUUCCUUCCACACAUCAUCACACAGGUCAUUCAGAUAGUUCAGAUAGCAACAACAACUCUCAUGCACCCACGACGAGUAAGAAAACAGUGAUAUUCUUUCAUGAUGGUUCUGAAGAAGCAUUUGAAUACUUUUCAAAUUCAUCUCUUUGUAAAUUCAAAGAUUUCAUUCUCUCCAUGGGACUUCAAAUUUUCAUAUUUGAAUAUCGAGGUUUUGGAUUUUCCACAUGUGCACGUGGAGAAGAUGAACGAACUUCUCUUCAUCGAUUCUUGGAAACAGAUUGCAAAUUAAUUCAUCAUCUUUUCUUGACUCGAUUGAAAAUACCCAUGUCUGAUGUGAUUGUGUAUGGAAAGGGAUUUUUAGGAACUACUUGUGCGUUGCAUUACGUUUCCAAGUUUCCCAUGGUGUCAGGUCUUUGUUUGGAAUCACCUUGUGUGGAUAUUCUAAAAUUGGUCAAUGCCAACAUUCCAGAAAGUGUUCUCUCUCAAAUGGGUCUCUCUGAACAAGCAGACGCAUUGGAUGAUUUAUGGAAUUUAAAUAUACGUCUCGAAGAAGAAGAAUCGAUCAAAUUUGAAUUUACCAAUUACAAUUUUGGAGUUGAGGAAUAUUAUCGAGUGAAAAAACCACUAAAAUCCAUGAACAACAAUCGAACAAUUCAAAGAAAACCCAAUCCUCAUAACACAACCAUUGCAUGUAAAGUGGGCGAUGAAAAGUAUUACACCAUGAAAGAGCUCAAAAAUUGUAUCUUGCAUCAUUUUAACACUGUGGAAAAGCUUUCUUCCUUUACUGGAAAAUUACUCAUUCUUUUUCAACAAGGAAAUGAAUUGGUUCCAUACGGUGAUAUUGAAAGCUUUUUCAAGAAUGUCAAAACAGCUGAAAAGAAUAUGUAUUUAUUGUCAUUGAAUGAAAUGACGAGCUCAGCAUCGAAUGCUACCGAUGAUCCCUUCAAUUUAUUUGAGAGAAAAUUCUAUGCUUGUGCCAAGGCCAUUCAUCGAUUUGUUCAAUCGGUGGGACAUGUCUUGCCUGAAAAUUAUGGACUCUUUAUGGACAAGUUAUUGGAAAAAACAAAACCAGCCAAGAGACCAGCUUAUAUUGAAGAAGGAGAUGACGCUGAUUUGACUUCUGAAUUAUCUGAACUUGCAACUAGUUCCUAUGUUGACACUUUUCAAAGUUUUGGAGGACGUGGCAGAAGAAACAAGUACAUGCCCCCAUGUGGAGGAUGUGGACACUGCAGAGCUUGUAUUGAUCAAUCCUUGUUGGAAGAGGAAGAAGAAAGACUUGGUCGAAAUGAAGAAGAUAAUUAUGAAAAUGAUCAAACAGAAAGAGAUUUAGAUGAUGAAUAUCUUGAGGAAGAAGAAGAAGACGACGAGUUUGUGCCAGAACAAGUAAUCAUGAAGGAAAAUCUCAAUGAAGAAGCAAAAAAAUCAUUGGAAGAUUAA